AUGAUACUUGAGAUUCCAUCAGUUCCAUUUUGCCCAUUACUUGAACACCUUGAUGGGGAGUGUAAAUCCCCUGAACUUCCUCCAGCACCCGCAAUAAUUAGGGGUUUCACGGUUGUUUUUGCCGGUAUCAGUGUAUCUGAACUAAAAAAAUCUUCAAUGACAACAAAAGUUCCUCCACUUCCACUUUGUCCCCAACCUGAAUCAACUGUUGUUCCAAAUUGA